AUGCGCAGUCACGUGAGCUGCGGCCUUGCUGGGCAGCCCCGGGGCCUGACGGGGGUGCCGGGAUGCCCUGUCACUGGAACAUGGAGACUGACCUGGCUGUCCCCCAACGACCCCAAUUUUGUUGCUACCAAAGCCACCAAGAUACUCAAGGUGGGACAAGGCAGCCAGAAGGAUGAGGACCUGGACUUCAUGGACCCCAGCAUCUAUUCAGAUGGCCUCUGCUAUGUUUUUUGGGGAUGGAAUGAAGGGAUUUCACAGGGGAAUCCUCAUUUGAGUUCUGAAUUAUUGGAGUACCAAAGGGGGAUGUGGUUGGCAGGGCUCCCCAGGAGGAACAGUGAGAAGAUGGGGGCAGACACAAGGGCAGCCAGGCCCCUCUUCCACCAACCACUCCAGCCUGGGGGCCGUGCUCUGUGCUGUGCCAAGGCUUUCUGUGGCAAGGAGUGACACCCCCUGCUCCCUAAUUCCUGCCGACCCCUUUGGACCCCACCAAAUUCCUACUGACCCCCCUGUACCCUCCCCAAAUCCACCCUGGCCCCCUUCACCCUGACUUCCAUGGAAUAAAGGCCCUGCAGCCCCACAGUGUGUGGGUGAAGGGGGGUUUAUUGAAGGGGGUUGCACACGUGGGUGCACGUUGAGCUGCCAUCAGAUGGACUGGUGGGAGCUCUCGCUUCCCCCAUGAUCCUACCUGCUAAGGGGUAGUGAAUAUCUACAGCUCUGCUCUUGCUGCUGCAGUUGGUGGCUGAAAGCCUGUGUGGCUUUUCAUACCCUUUUUUUUAUUUAGUGCAGCUGUUAAAGGCAGAGGUGCUGAGAACUUCUCACAGCUGGUACAGGUGGAGCACCUUUUAUUGUGGACUUUUGGUUAUUGUUUGGAGUACUGCAGGGAGCAGCCCAGGAAUAACUUAUUACAGGAGGGUGCUGCAGUGAAUGUAUUUAAUGGCUUUAAGAUUUUUUUACAUGUUUUUGUCCAUCUCUAGCUAUAAUUGAUGCUAGAUUUAUUCCUUGUCCUUCCUCCACAUCACCACAAACAAAGCAAUGCUGCUUCUGAAAUGCCCUCACUCUGCUUCACAAUACUGAGCAAAGAAAACCAGGCUUGGGCUAAUUAAACUGAAAACAUAACAUUGCAAUUUGUAGUUGAUUAAAUCUUUCAAACUGUG